AGCGUCCCCGAGAACAACAUUGUCCCCGAGAACAACAUUGGAUCUGGCCAUGUAAUUCCGCCGGCUCUAAAAUGAAUCCAGUUAGCGCCACUGUACCAGCUAGGAAAAGGGUCUCACGAAAAAUAGCGGCGUGGGCGUGUGAAUAAAAAAUUUACAUUUCGAAACGAAAAUAGUAUCAAGUAAAGCGCAUUUAUGCAAAAACGUAAUAUUGUAGAAAGAUCCCACAAUUUCUAGCUUCAAUUGGUUACGGUUAUUUCACCCUAUGCCAUAUCCAAUUACGUAUAGAGAUCAGUGAUUCGAACUGGACGCAUCUUAUAUCAUCAAUGAUAUAAAAUAAAACGUCAUGUCUUUUCACGAGACUAUUGGUUGGAUUGUUAAGGACAAUCAUAUAAAAGAUAGAAUGAUUGACAAUUCAUUGAUACAUGAAUUUACGCCAUCGUCGAAAAUACGAAGAAGAACAAAAGCAUUCAACGCCAAAAUAAAAAAAUAUUGUGGUGUGAAAGAUUACAAGCAGUAUGUAAAAUUAAAGACUAAUGUCGUACGGAAUGUGAUUGAUGAUAUUGAUACUGAUAAUUCUGAUAAUCUAUCCGAUACUGACUAUGAUAUUAUAUAUAGUUCUUUGAUAGAGAACAAACAUUCAAUUGAUGAUCCUGAAAGGUAUAUUUUCACUGAAGAAGAUUGCGAAGACUUUAAAAGGAAGAUUAACACUAAGCAUAAAAAGGAGAACAGUAUCAAGAAUAUGAAAAUAAGCAUACCAAAGAGGAAACUAUUGCAAGUAAAAUGUAAUGAUAGUGUAUCUAAAAAACGUAUUAAUAUAAAAAAGAUUGCUAAAGUCGAAACAAUCGCUUCAGAAAAUUCUAAGGAGGAUAUAAAUAAUGAUAACAUUUUAGAGAAACGAAAUAACAAAAAAGAGAAAAAUUCUUCCCAAUUAAAUCCAAUUGAUAAGAAUAUCAAUAAAAAAAUUUUUUUAACGAAUCAGAAAAAUAAAACGAAAUUUGUGAAAGCAGAAGAUAUUCAAAAGCUGCAAUCAUUAUCUCUUAAGGAAAAUGAUGCAAAGAAUGUACAUUCAAAAUCUUGUGAUAAAAUUUUAAAAGAACAAGAUAGUAGAGAAGAAGAGUUCUCUGAUGGAAAAGUAAGAAAUUCCCUUCAAUUAAAUGAAGUUGAUAAGGAUGCAGAAAUUUAUCCUAUAGAUCACGAAGAUAAGAAUGAUUUAUUGAAUCAAUCUAUUGAUUCUUAUAAAAAAACGCGUUCUAUGGAACCAGAAGACUCGUCCGAUAAUCAUAAGCAGCGAUCGUUAUUUCCUAAGAAGGAUCGGUUAAACGAUGUACAUUCAGAAUCUUGUGAUAAUAUUUUAGAAGAACAAGAUAGUAGAGAAGAAGAAUCUUCUGAUGAAAAAGUAAGAAAUUCCCUUCAAUUAAAUGAGGUUGAUAAGGAUGCAGAAAUUUAUCUGAUAAAUAACAAAGAUAAGAAUGAUUUAUUAAAUCAAUCUAUUGAUUCUUAUAAAAAAACGCAUUCUACAGAAUCAGAAGACUCAUCCGAUUUUCAUAAGCAGCAAUCGUUAUUUCCUAAGGAAGAUUGGGUAAAGGAUGUACAUACAAAAUCUUGUGGUAAUAUUUUAGAAGAACAAGAUAGUAAAGAAGAAGAAUCUUCUGAUGGAAAAGUAAUAAAUUCUCUUCAAUUAAAUGAGGUUGAUAAGGAUGCAGAAAUUUAUCUGAUAAAUAACAAAGAUAAAAAUGAUUUAUUGAAUCAAUCUAUUGAUUCUUAUAAAAAAAUGCUUUCUACGGAAUCAGAAGACUCAUCCGAUAUACAUAAGCAGCAAUCGUUAUUUCCUAAGGAGGAUCAGGUAAAGGAUGUACAUUCAAAAUCUUGCGAUAAUAUUUUAAAAGAACAAGAUAAUGGAAAAAGGGAAUCCUUUGAACAAGAAAUAACAAAUUUCUUUCAAUCGAAUCAGAUAGAUAAGGACACAGAGAUUUAUUCAAUUAAUCAUCAAGAUAAGACGCAUUCUGUGAAACUAAAAGACUCCUGCAAUAUUGAAAAGCAGCAAUUGUUACCUAAAAUUACCUAUAGUGAAAUUAUCAAUAAAAAGUAUAUGAUAAUAAACAAGCAAGAUGAUAAUAUAAAUAUUGAAAAAAAUGAUAUUAAUUCCCAAGAAGAAAUAUUGAAAGCAGAAGAAACUGAUAAUAAUGUAUCAAUAACAUUGGAAACUGACAAUGAAGAGGAUAAUGCAAAUUACAUAUCACCUGAAACUAAAAAGCGGCUUCAGCAGCAGGCAAAAUUAAACUUGGUUGUGAGCAGUGAUUCUAAUCAGAGUGAUGAUGAAUAUAUAACCAUUGAAACAUCGAAAAAGCAUGAUUCUGAUACAAGCUGUUGUAGCAAAGAUAUGUUGGAAAAUGAUGGAAUUAAUUGCGAAAAGAUCAAUACAGAUAUUUUAUGUAGCAAAGACAGUAAUAUAUGCAGCAAAGAAACCACACCAGUUCGUACAAAAGAGAAAGAAGAUCCACCAAACAUAAAAAAAGAGAUAAGAAAGCAAGAUGAUAAAACUAUAUUAUUAACGAGCUGUACAUAUGAAAACAAUAACUCAUCUAAAUCUGCUGUAAACAAAAAUUCAUUAAAGGAAAUACAAUAUUGUGGAAAUGUAUAUAACGAUGAUAAUCAGAAUGAAAGUAUAGAAGAUGUAGAAAGUUUUCAGUUGAGAGUUUCUGAAAAUAACAUUUCGUGCAUUAAUGAAGAAUCUAUAAAUCAAUUUUCAAGAAAUAAAUCUUUAUUAGACAAAGAGAAUUUUUGUGAUAAAAGCGAAGAUAGAAUGAGCGAUUGUAUCAGCGAACUUGGAACGUGGUGUAAACCUAGACAUGAACAAAACAAACGAGUAUCGACAAACUGUUCAAAUGUGCAGCUUGAUAUCUCUAGCCAUUAUAGACCAUACAAUUUAGAGCAACUAAUCGAGGACGAAAAGUUACUUCCAGAACCGAUACCAGCGGGUUUUACGCUGGCGGAUCUUUCUGAAGAUGACGAAGCUUUUAUUUUGAAUGUUCCAAAUAAAGUCUUACAGUGCAAUCUGCAGGGUCAAUUGCUGUCAUUAAAAGAAAAAACGAUAAAAUUUGGAGAAGAUAAAUACAGAAUCGUGCGUAGAAAAGUGGGUACCGUAUCUUGCAUUUUUGCUACUGGUAAACAACGAAUACCUUAUAAGACAGUGAAUAUUAAAGAAAUCAGCACUAUUACUGUACGAGAAAGGUUGUCACAUUGUUUGAAGAAAUCAGACAUAUCAAAUUCUUAUGAUACUGUUAUUUCUUUCGAAUCAGAAUCGUCAAACAUAAAUAAUAGGCAAACAAAUGACACAGGUUCAAAAAUGAAAGUUGAUUGCAAUAAGCGCAAACGAAGAAGUUCAGAUCUUGAAAGUGAACAAUUUGCGACUAAGAAAGGACGAUUAAAAUAGAUUCAUUCAUAAAACAUAAGGGUAUGUCUAAGCAGAGAAAUUUAAAAAACUAUUUUAUUAUAACACAAAAAAUGUACUGAAUAUUCGAUAUCUGAAUAUAUAUAUUUUCUG